AUGACCGAUAGCGGUGUAUGCAAGUUUGAGCUCUCGUCCGCACUUUCCCAUUUACCUCAGAGCCACACCCAUUCGCACGGCGAUGGCCAUCAUACCCACUCUCAUGACGGCCUACACUCCCAUGGCAGUGGAGCCUGGACCCCUAUGGAGCAUGGCCACACACAUGAGCACCUUGAACACGCUGGAAAGUUUGCGGAGCGGGACAUGCCAGAUUAUUCCGGCCGUGAUUGGAAGGAGCGAGGGUUCACGAUUGGGAUUGGCGGUCCCGUAGGAUCAGGCAAAACCGCGCUUACCCUGGCAUUAUGUCAAAAGUUAAGAGACAAGUACAACAUUGCCGUCACAACAAAUGACAUCUUUACUCGCGAAGACCAAGAGUUUCUGAUUCGCAACGGUGCUUUGCCUGCCGAACGUAUCCGCGCUAUCGAGACGGGAGGGUGUCCCCAUGCUGCCAUCCGAGAGGACGUCUCAGCGAAUUUGGGUGCUUUGGAGGAACUUCAAGCACAAUUCGGAUGCGAGCUCUUGUUCGUAGAAAGUGGUGGAGACAAUCUAGCAGCAAACUACUCACGAGAACUAGCUGACUACAUCAUUUACGUUAUUGACGUUUCGGGCGGCGACAAGAUUCCCAGAAAAGGCGGUCCGGGCAUUUCCCAGUCUGAUUUGCUUGUAAUCAACAAGAUCGACCUGGCCCCGUACGUUGGCGCCUCACUUGAGGUAAUGGAUCGCGACGCUGCAGCCAUACGCGACGGUGGUCCAACAGUCUUUGCAGCAGUGAAACAUGGGAAAGGAGUGGACGACGUGAUAGAGCACAUCUUAGGAGCCUGGAGAGCGAGUGGGGCAGGAAAGGGAAAAGAGAAAGCUGCCUGA